CUUCAGAUACGCAAAAUCGUCAACAGGCAUUGUCCCGGCCAAUUAGCGCAUGUUUGACAUAAGCGGCGGCUGAAGGAAGGCUGUGCUGCCAAGUGGUACCUUUCAUCGCGCGCUCUUGGCACCAUGACAGCUGCGUAGCGCAGGGCGUACCAGUACUUCGCCCUCACAGUGCUUAAGAGUGGAUGAGGCGACAAAGCUUGAACACUAAGCCCCUAUCACUAUUUACGGCUUCUUUCACUCUUUACUACACUGACGGGAUUUGCUGCGGCUCACUUCAUUUCGUACCGCACUUGGAAGGCACCUGGAAGACUCCGGCGGACCCUGAACCACAUUUUUUCGGACAUUGUGAAGAACCUACGAAUUUAUGGCGUCACUUACAGUAUGUGAUACUUGCAGAGCGAGAAAGGUCAAGUGUGAUCGAGAUGAUCCUUGUGGUAACUGUUUCGAUUCAAGUAUACAAUGCAACCGAACAGUGUUUGCAGGACGAAGCGCAUCCAAACGAAGAAGAGGAGCUGAAGCAGUUGCAGCAUCACAUAGUGCGCAGUAUCCUGGACUUCAAACGCAGUUCGCACCUUCACCAUCGGGAUCAGCAAGCUUACCUCAGUCGCCUUCGAUCAUAGAGGCGCAUGAUUUCAUCCGUAGAGAAAUCACAUCUGGGAAGCCCAUGCCGGCGGAUCGACUGGCUGUCCUGAACUCGGCGAUGUCGUUUGUUUCUCAUCUGAGUCAGAGCACAAAACAAGUGGAUCUAGCUGGAGUAAGAAGUACUCGAGUUGCAAACAUCCUCGAAGAUAUCGCUGUACCAACUAUAGAGCUUCUGUACUGGAUGCUUCGUGAGCUCAAAGGAGGGAGCAUCGGCCCGCAUGUGCUCGAUUACUUCAAGCAUGUCUCACCAAAGUCGUUGAAGACUAUGGGGCUCGCCUUGAUGAAUCCAACAGGUGACGCCGAGACGCUGCUGCUAUACUCAAUAUGCGUGAACUCUGCAGCGUACAAAUUCAUUAACACGGUUUUGUCGGAGGGCGACAUAGGUAGCCUCGAAGACGGCAUGCGUGAUCAAGCAGCAAAGUACUUACGUAGCGUCCAAUUGGCAAUGACGCGCAUUCAUCUCCUUGCAGCUCCUUCUUUGCUAUUCCUGCAAUCCUUGCUAUGCAGCGCUUUCAUUGCCCAGGGCCAGGGUGACUCGGUGCAUUGUUGGGCUUUCAUCUCGGCCGCGUGUAAAACUUGCGAGGACUUGAAUCUCGAAAUGCGUGUGAACGCAAUUGGUACAGAAACCGAGGAUGAUUUGGAGCUGUAUUACUGCUAUGUGUGGUGUCACAUCCUUGACAAGAACUACACUAUGAUGCUCGGGCGGACGCGCUGUCUCCUAAACCAUGAGGGUCUUGACGCAGUAUUCUCUUCACCUCUCAACAGAUCUUUAUCAGCCUUACUUUCAACUUAUUUGCUCUUCGUACCGGUGCAAGCCAUUUUCGUUCUGGAACUUCAUCCACUGAAGAUUUCGAACAACAAGGCGUUACUUUCGAGGGUUGAGUAUGUGGUGGCUGAUCUCCUGGAUCGUCUGAAGCGGGUCCACGCGCGGAUCACUGAGUUGCACGGGCCAUCUGAUUCCUGGAGUGGCCUUCACAUGGGAACUGAAUUGACGACGAUACAAUUCUCGUACCACUCGCUGCGAACCUCCAUACUGCGCUCUAAGCAGAUCUGCUUACCAGCUCAACCAUACGUCGACCACGAUUGCCUUGAGUCAGCUAGAAUGGCCAUGUCGACAUUGCGAAGUAUCCAGGAAGCUGCUUUGACUCUGACCGACAUUCGCGCCCAUGUAGCUUAUAUGCACUGGACUGUGCUCUACCAUCCAUUGACUCCGUUCUUCGUUCUAUUCUGCCACGUAGUGGCUACCUCGAAUUCAAACGACUUCCAUACCCUCAAGCGCGUCACCGAUGAGCUCGAGGAUCUCACCGAGCUCUCUACCUCAAUUGCGAAGCUGCAAAUGCUCUUCAAAUCCUUCAUCGAGCUUUGCGAAGGUCUUGUGUCUGAAAAGCGCCAGAGAACUCUCGCGACCGAUGUUGAAUCGGAUCUUCAGAUAUCGCAAGUCCAGCAAGCAUCUUUUGCAGCGUAUCAGCCAACAAAUCAACUUUUGGCGUCAGCCGAUCCCCUCGUCGUUCAGCAACCAACUUCCACGCCAUUUUCCGCAUCUACGCCAGAUUUUGCAUUCUCAUCAGGCGACAUACUUGGCAGCACGGAUCCAGGGUGGGGUUUGUUUGAUGUUCAACCCACGCUCGACUGGCUCGAUGCUGAUUUCUCAUUCUUUGACAACGAGCAGUAUCAACAGGGAUGAACCAUCACUGUUUUAUUUAAACCGAAUGUUCCUAGAGCACCUAAACGUAUAUAACGACAAAAUUGCUGUAUAUUAGAGUGGUACGCUCGACCAGUUCUUCUCUUGGCCUGCAAAAACCAAGCC